GUAUCUUAUUGACAGCCGAUGGUUCAAGCAAUGGAAGAAGUACGUGGGCUUUGAUAGCUGGGAUAUGUAUAAUGUGGGUGAACAUAACCUAUUUCCUGGACCAAUAGACAACUCUGGACUCUUUGCAGAUCCUGAGAGUCAGACCCUGAAAGAACACUUAAUUGACGAGCUGGACUAUGUAUUAGUCCCAACUGAGGCCUGGAACAAAUUACUGAAUUGGUACGGCUGUGUAGAAGGCCAGCAGCCCAUUGUCAGGAAAGUUGUGGAGCAUGGCCUGUUUGUCAAGCACUGCAAAGUAGAGGUGUACUUGCUGGAACUGAAGCUCUGUGAGAACAGUGACCCCACCAAUGUGCUGAGUUGCCAUUUCAGCAAGGCAGACACCAUUGCAACCAUCGAGAAGGAAAUGCGGAAGCUUUUUAACAUCCCUGCAGAGCGUGAAACCCGGCUCUGGAAUAAAUACAUGAGCAAUACCUACGAGCAGUUGAGCAAGCUGGACAACACUAUCCAGGAUGCUGGGCUGUACCAAGGCCAGGUGCUAAUAAUUGAGCCCCAAAAUGAAGAUGGCACAUGGCCCAGGCAGACCCUGCAGUCAAAAUCAAGCUCUGCACCUAGCAGAAAUUUUACUACCUCUCCAAAAUCAUCAGCAAGUCCCUGUUCCUCAGUUUCCGCCUCUCUCGUUGCAAAUGGUGAUAGCACUAACACCUCUGGGGUGCGCAGCUCCAGUGUCGGCAGGGGUGGAUCUGGCUUCUCCGCUUCGUAUAAUGGCCAGGAGCCUCCAUCUCCUCAUAUCCAGCCUGGGCUGUGUGGACUUGGAAACCUGGGGAAUACCUGCUUCAUGAACUCUGCUUUGCAGUGCCUGAGCAACACUGCACCACUGACUGACUACUUCCUCAAAGAUGAAUAUGAGGCUGAAAUCAACAGAGACAACCCUCUGGGCAUGAAAGGGGAGAUCGCAGAGGCCUAUGCUGAGCUCAUUAAGCAGAUGUGGUCUGGAAGGGACACUCACGUGGCACCUCGCAUGUUCAAAACCCAAGUGGGACGUUUUGCCCCUCAGUUUUCUGGCUACCAGCAACAAGAUUCUCAGGAGCUGUUAGCCUUUAUUCUAGAUGGAUUGCAUGAAGAUCUGAAUCGGGUCAAGAAGAAGCCCUACCUGCUGCCGAAGGAUGCCAACGGGCGGCCAGAUGCGGUUGUAGCGAAGGAAGCCUGGGAGAAUCACAGGUUGCGAAAUGAUUCCGUGAUUGUGGACACUUUCCACGGCCUCUUCAAAUCAACGUUGGUUUGCCCAGAGUGUGCUAAGGUUUCUGUCACCUUCGACCCAUUUUGCUACCUAACUCUCCCACUCCCCCUGAAGAAGGAUCGAGUUAUGGAGGUCUUCCUGGUUCCUGCUGACCCUCACUGCAGACCUACCCAGUAUCGCGUGACAGUGCCACUGAUGGGGGCCAUCUCUGACCUGUGCGAGGCUCUCUCCCGGCUGUCUGGCAUUCCUGCGGAAAAUAUGGUGGUCACAGACGUGUAUAAUCACCGGUUCCACAAGAUUUUCCAAGUGGAUGAAGGUUUAAGCCACAUCAUGCCUCGUGAUGACAUUUUCGUGUAUGAAGUCUUCAGCACCUGCGCAGAUGGCUCAGAGUGUGUCACACUUCCAGUCUACUUCAGGGAAAGAAAGUCCAGGCUGGCAGGCACUUCCUCUGGGACGGUGCUGUACGGGCAGCCACUGUUGGUGUCUGUCCCCAAGCACAAGCUGACCCUGGAGUCUUUGUACCAAGCUGUUUGUGAUCGCAUCAGCCGCUAUAUAAAGCAGCCUUUGCCUGACGAGUUUUGCAGCUCGCCCUUGGAGCCUGGGGCCUGCAAUGGCUCCAGGGGCAGCUGUGAAGGAGAUGACGAAGAAGAAAUGGAGCAUCAAGAUGAAGGCAGAGAGCAGCUUUCAGAGCCAGAAGGCAGUGGGGAGGACAGCCUGGGAGGGGACCCCAGUGAGGCCACCCAAAAGAAGGUCAAGGGCCAGCCCUGUCCCAGAAGGCUUUUCACCUUCAGCCUUGUGAACUCCUAUGGAACAGCUGACAUAAACUCAUUUGCAACUGAUGGGAAACUCCUCAAACUCAACUCUCGAUCGACACUGGCCAUCGACUGGGACAGCGAAACCCGCAGCCUUUACUAUGAUGAGCAGGAAUCUGAGGCCUAUGAGAAGCACAUGAGCAUGGUGCAGCCUCAGAAGAAGAAGAAGACCUCGGUAGCCCUGCGAGACUGUAUUGAGCUUUUUACCACCAUGGAGACCCUUGGCGAGCAUGACCCCUGGUACUGUCCCAACUGUAAGAAGCACCAGCAGGCCACAAAGAAGUUCGACCUGUGGUCGCUGCCGAAGAUUCUGGUGGUCCACCUCAAACGCUUCUCCUACAACAGAUACUGGAGGGAUAAGCUCGACACAGUUGUGGAAUUCCCAGUCAGAGCUCUGAACAUGUCUGAGUUUGUCUGCGACCCGUCAGCCAGGCCUUACGUGUACGACCUCAUUGCCGUGUCCAAUCACUAUGGAGCCAUGGGAGUUGGCCACUACACUGCGUAUGCGAAGAACAAAUUCAGCGGGAAGUGGUACUACUUCGAUGACAGCAACGUGUCCCUGGCCUCUGAGGACCAGAUAGUGACGAAGGCUGCGUACGUGCUGUUCUACCAGCGGCGCGACGACGACUGCGGCGAGGCGGCCG